UACACAUUCUCACAGACACAGCGCAGUUGUUGGAAAUGUGCAAAUUGUAUCAAAAAUCCGCUCGAAAGUAAAUAAGUUGAGCAGCAGAGCCAGUGGAAAAUCGAGUGAAAUAAUCGGUGGCAAAUUGUGUGCAAAUGAAAAUGCCAAAAGCAUGCCCAAAGUACUGAAAGAAACGUGUGCAAUUUUGCAGUGCUUUUUGGCUGUGUAUAUCGGUGUGUUCGUGUAGUGUGAAAAGCGAAGAAAAGCCGGCUCAGCAGGAGGCGAACAACGUUUUCCAAACGCAUCACAUGUAAAUGAGAUGCCGUCGCGCCGGCAGCAGAGGCACCACCAGCACCAGCAAGCAAAACCACGCCGACAUCGCCUCCGGAAAUACCAGGAGCCGCAGCAGCAUCUGAUUAUCAAGUGAAGAGCCAAGCACUCCGUUCGAAACGAUAAAUAGCACAUAGCAGGAUAUAGGAUACAUUAUAGUCAGGAUAGUCAGGAUAUUCAAGGAGCAGCGGGACAACUGAUCUUGGGCAGCAGACGACAGGCAAGGAAAUCAUCGAGCAUUUCGGGCGGAGGACACACGGCGCGCAUUCAGGAUGAAGCGACGCAACGCGGAUUGUGGAAAACUUCGGCGGCCGAUCAAGCGCAACAAAAUCACAGAGGGAAUGUACGGCAGCACAACAGUUCUGUACAUGAAGUUUCUGAUCCUUUGGGCCAUCGUCAUGGUUGCCGACUUCAUGUUCAUGUUCCGCUUUGAGUUCUUGUGGCCAUUCUGGCUGCUCCUUCGCUCCGUGCACGAUUCCUUUAAGUACAAGGGACUGGCAUUCUCCGUACUGUUCGUGUGCAUAGCGAUAACGUCGGAUCUGGUCUGUUUAUUCUUCAUACCCGUUCACUGGCUGCUCUUCGCAGCGAGCACUUAUGUGUGGGUGCAGUACGUCUGGCAUACAGAUAAGGGUAUCUGUUUGCCGACCAUAAUACUCUGGAUGUUAUUUGUCUACCUGGAGGUGGGCAUAAGAUGGAAGGACAGUCGCCACAUGCCGCACUUGGAUCUCUGCCGGCCGUUCGCAGCGCACUGCAUUGGCUAUCCGGUUGUCACGCUUGGGUUUGGCUUCAAAAGCUACGUGGGCUACCGCAUGCGCCAGCGCAAGCAGCGCGAGGUGGCCAAGGACAACGAGUUCUACAUGCAGCUCCUGCAGCAGGCUCUGCCCGCGGAGGAGGCGGCUGAGGAAGCGGCUGCGGGGGCGACAGCCACAUCCAGCACCGUUGUCGUGGCCAACGGGUCUGCAACUACGCCGGCCCUGGUCGCGUCAUCAGGAGCAACUGCGGCGAACGGUGUUUUGGCCACUGCCACGCAAGCACAAAACCAUCAUGAGCAUCAUCACAGCGGCGGCGCCGGCGCCAGCAGCAGCAGCUCGAGCAAUAGUAAUCAUCACCAUCACCACCAUCAUAACAACAGCAGUGGCAACAGCGGCAGCAACCACAAUAGCAACAGUAGCAGUGGCGGCGCCAAGGACAACAGUACGAGCGAGAGUGCAUCGGGCGCCGCCGCGUCGUCCAUUGCAGCGUCUUCAGCAACAGGAGCAGCAGCAGCAGCAGCUGCAGCUGCGUCAUCAGCGUCCACGACAUCCGGCUCAUCGUCGUCUUCGGCGUCGACGGGCAAGCAGUCGUCGUCGUCAGCGGCAUCCGCGGCCACAACAGGUGCAGCAACCACUUCUUCCACUCCCGUCUCAGAUUUAUCUGCUUUGGCUGCAAGUCUGGCGACACAGCAGCAGCAACAUCAGUCGGUGGCGACAGCAUACCCGGCUACUUCUUCCGCCCGUUCUUCCUCCUCUACUUCCGAAGGUGUCGAUGCUGACGGUUGUUGUGGUGCAACCUCCAAUGGUCACGCUGGUGGUUCAAGGAACCAUCGACGCAGCAUGGACAAGGAUAAGCAUCGCAACAAGGGCGACGCUGCUGAUAAUGAGCACAACAAUGGAACGCGGCACGGUGGUAAAAAUAGCGGCAACAACUAUCACCAAGUCGAUAGCGCUGCCACAGCAACCGCAACAGUAACAGCUACAUCAAGUAAUAGUAAGGAUAAGGAUAAGGAGAAGUCAGACUGGGAUAGUGGCACAAGCUAUCCACAACAACAGCAGCAGGGGGGAAAGGAGAAGCACGAGAAAAAGGCUUUUAACGCUGUUCCCAACGGCAAUGCCAAUCACCUGGAAGAUGAAACGGCCAGUGUGGAGCCAACACCACCUGUUGAAAAGGCGCCUAAGGGUCGACGUAAUCGCGGCAAGAAGGAUAAUGCAGCAAAGGACAAUCACAGCCAUCAGCAGCAGCUGGCUCAGCAACAAAAGGAAAAGGACAAGGAGAACACGGCCAACAACAACAAUAACGACGCUAGCUCAGUAUCAUCUUCAGCGAGCUCCACCUCCAGCAAUGCCAUCGCGAACCUGGCCAGCAAGGUGGUCUCCAAGAUCUGUGAAACGUGUCUCAAACUGGAGGCCGAUGUGAAAAAGUAUCGAGCUGAAAUCAGCCAUAUGAAGCAAAUCGAAAACGAAUUGCGACAAAAGCUGGACGCCAAUCUCACCAGCAAGUCAACGCUGCAGGCCAAGCAGAAGGAGUGCGACGACCUGGAGAAGCGCAUCCAAGAGCUGAACAACGCCCGGCACGCUGAUAUGCUCAAUUUGCAGACAGUGGAGCGAAGACUAAACGAGGAGCGCCGCCAGAAGCAAUCCCUGGAUUCGCAGCUGUCCAACGAGAAGAAGGCUCGCAAGGUGGCCGAGGAGAAGGCGGCCCGUCCGGAGUGCAGUUCCCAGUGCAAGCAGCGGCGCCAGCAGAUGGAUGAGGAGCAAAAACGACUGCGCGGCGACCUAAAGCAGGCGGAGGAGGCGAAGCAACUUGCCGUCGAACAUGGACGAAAAGUGGAACAAGAGUACCGCAUGAUGGAGGCGAAACUGCGCAAUCGGGAAUCGUCCCAGCCUGAUCCCGAGAUUCUAUUGAAUGCGCUGGCUGCCAUGCAGGACAAGAACGCAACGCUGGAGAAGAAUCUAUCCGCAGAGACGAGAGUCAAGCUGGACUUGUUCUCGGCUCUGGGCGCUGCCAAGCGCCAGAUUGAAAUAUCUGACAACCAUCGUCGCUCCAAGGAGGAUGAGGUCAUCGAUCUCAAGGCAAAGAUUGCCCAACUUCUGGCCGUGAUGCCAGACAACUUGUGCAUGAACACUGGCCCACAUGGGCCGGCGAGCAGCAUUCUGCGCAUGAACGACACGCCGCCGCUGCAGUCGGGUCCCGGACCGUCCUCGCCCAUGCUCAGCCUGAGCGCUGCGCAGGAGUACCAACAGCAUCAGCAGCACCAGCAACACCAACAGCACCAGCAGCAUCAGCAACAUCAGCAACACCAGCAGCAUCAGCAACAGCAGCACCAACAGCAUCAGCAACAUCAGCAGCAGCAGCAGCAUCAGCAGCAGCACCAGCAACAUCAGCAGCACCAACAACACCAGCAGCAUCAACAGCAGGGUGGCGGUGGGCCUGUCUCCCAGCAGCAAAUGGUGCCGGUCAGUGUGGCGGCAGCCUUCCAGGUGGCUGCAGCCAACGCCGCUGCUGCCAACGGAAACGGAGGCUCAACGCUGGAUCCCAAUGCUAGCGUUUACACGCCGAAGAAUGGCAACAUGAUGGUGGUGUCGCCGGUGGGCAUGAACCCCAACGGUGCGGAUGCCUGACGCCAACAGCAGCAGCAGCAGCAGCAGUCCUUGACGUCAUCGUCGUCGUCGUCCUCGCACAUGCAUCUGCGACGACAAGUUUGAGAUUAUUAUACUUUAUAUGAAUUAGGGAAAAGAAACGCAAACAACCGUCGCCACAGCAAACGAUGAGCAGGCCGUAACCCGGUGCCGGUUCCAAGAAGAUGUUUGCAUACAAUAUCUGAAUGUCCGUAAUAUAAAUAAGCAGUUUCCUUUAAAAUUUAAUCACCGCCACAGAAGCGCAGGCAGCACUGAUGAAUGCAGCUCAAAACUGCUAAACAUUUCCCCUUCUACAGAUUCAAAUUGUUCAAUCCAAUCCGAAAUUCCCUCAAUUAAUUCGGCAUUCCAAACAGAAAUUUCCUUACAUAACUGACCGCCGUUUUAAUAUUCUCAGAUCAUUUAAAGCACUGUUUCAAAUCGGCUGCCCGCCACCACACCACACACCACAUACACAUUCAGUGAACUCCCUCUAACACGAAAAGUACAUGAUUACUUUAACAAGAUGAUUCGAGAACGAUAAGAACAGAACACAAAUUUCUAAAAAUAAUAACAAAAUGAAAAUGGCGAUUCGUAUAUUUUUUAAUUCAUGAAGAAAGCCAAGGAAGUACCCGCGAUAUCCUAUGUAAAAUGUUUUCUUUUUUUACCAAACGCUGUGACAGAGUUGGACCAACCGAAGUGAUGGCCUUGAUCUUGGGGAGACGCCAGAAGUUGUGCACGACCUCUGCCUCUUGCCCAACGAUUCAAUGGAAUAUUUUUGAAGUCUGCGCCCUUGAUUUAUUAUCUCAUUAAAUUAUUUUUGUUAUAAAACCUUAAAUGUAUGCUAUGAUUUAGAAACUAUACUUUUUGAAAACAAACAUCAAACGAAAAACGAUUUUCUUUUAAGUUUUAAUUUAUUUUUGUUUAGUUCUGCUGUUCCUAAGAAACAAAAAAUCGAAAACAACUAAGAGAAACGCUUUAGUUUAUUUACGCGAAGUGAAACGUCGACUAUUUUGUUUAAUAAUAAAGAAACCUUUCGCUGCGAGAAGCAAGUA